GAGACGCCGAGACGGACAGGGAGGCAGACAUGCGCGCACACACACCCACCCACCCGCAUCGCAUCGCAUCGCUCCCCGCGCCGGCAACGCAAAAUCUCGUCCACUUCUCCCGCAAAACGCCAACCAAACCCAAACCCCACACAGGUGAGCGGCUGAGCGAUCGAGUCUCCUCGUUAUAAUAAGCGGAUUUGCCACCGCGUACGCCGCGCCUGCGCUAGCUCACAUGCCCCCGCCCGCUUCGCCUCGCCGACCACGGCUCGCGAUCGCAGCCAACGAGACAGACGAUAGUACCCUCCUCUCGAUAUCUCUCGCCGAUCGAUCGAUCGAUCCACCAUUGUUAGGUUGAGAUAAUGCUGCAGGAGCUGGCGCCGUGCACGUGCGGGAUGCUGUACGGCAGCUGCGGCGGCGGGUGCGGUGGCGCCGCCGCGGCGGCGUCGGCGUUCUCGCUGCUGUUCCCCAUGGCGGGCGGGCAGUACUACUACAGGCAGUGCGGCGGCGUCGCGGAGGAGGACAGUCGGUCGCCGUACGGCGGCGGCGGUGCGGCGGUGGACUGCACGCUGUCGCUCGGCACGCCGUCCACGCGGCGCGCGGAGGCGGGCGCGUACGGCGGCGGGCUGCAGCCGUGGGACGUGCCGUCGUCGGCGCGCCCUGGCGGCGGCGGCGGCGGCAAGCAGGACGGCGCCGGCGUGGCUCCUUGCAACAAGGAGGCCCCCGCCGCCGGCCGCCUGCCUCGCCGCUGCGCCAACUGCGACACGAUGUCGACGCCGCUCUGGCGAAAUGGUCCCAGGGGACCCAAGUCGCUGUGCAACGCGUGCGGGAUCCGGUACAAGAAGGAGGAGAGGCGCGCCGCGGCGGCGGUGGCGCCGACGCCGCCGCCGUCGCUGGACACCGGCGCCGGGUACGCGUACUGCUACUCGCGACAGCCGCCGCCGCCACCGGCGCCGCAGUGGGGAUGCUACGGCCAGGCCGCGGCGAAGUCGGCGUCGUACGCGAUGUUCGACGCGGCGGACGACGGGCCCUGCCUGUCGUGGCGGCUCAACAUGAUGCCAUCCUCGCCGGCGUUCGCCGUCGGCGAGCGGCCCGGCCUGUUCCAAUACUAUUAGCUUAGCUAGAGACCCUAGAUCAGUGUACUACUACUACUACGAACUAAUUUUGAUCAGUUUAGUUUAGUUUAAGCAAUGAGAUCGAUCGAUCGAUGACCAGAGUUGUACUGUUUGGAAUUAACUAGUUCCACCAUUAAUUAGUUACUAGCAGCAGUAUAAUUCCUAUUGCUCGCGUGCCAAAUUUGUUCUUUA